CAGGCAUGGACACUGAGGUGUUGGCACUUCCUUCAGAGGAUUCCUUGCCCUUACCCAGAGCACAGCAAAAUCCUCAAGAGAUGUUUGGUAAAUAUACAGUGUUUAAUUCUGAAAUCCAAAUACUGUAUAUAGAAUGUAGAUCAUUUGGUUAUAUUUUAUUUGCAGAACAAAACAUGGAGAGGCUUUCUGCCCUACUGGAUUCAAGCCCCUGUCCUGCUGAGCCUGAGAGAAGCGCAGCAUCAUCGUGGUCUGUUAGGCAGCAGAAAGCCUCUGACCGUUGGGAGGAAGCACGGCCGUACCACCUCAGAUGCCUUUUGGAAUCUGAGGCUGUUGGCAAGCCAUUGUGUUGCUUCUGCCACAAGCCGGCUGUUAUAAGGUGCAGAGAGUGCCUUCCGGAGCAGUGGUUUUGUGGGGCCUGCGACAUGCAUAACCACAGCAAACGGCCACUCCACAACAGGGACAGCGUGGUGGAUGGCUUCUUUAAAGCCAUUCCCCCAUCCACAUGUAUCUCAAGAGGAGAGACUGGAAUAUAUGCCACACAUGAGCAAGAUCGCAUUUUACCCACAAUGCCAGCACAGCACUGCACCUGCCAGGUCCCUAGCUUCACAGUGGAAGCUGGGAAACCAGUCAUCUUGAUUACCAUCAAUGGGCGUUAUGAUUUGCAUUUGCCACGUUAUGUGUGCCAAACAUGCCUGCAGCAGUGGGCCCCUGAUGUGAGAGACCUAGUCAGGAGUGGAUAUUGGCCAGCUUCUGCAAAUGCUUCCACAAUCUACACGGUGGACCUCCUCAACACCUUUCAGGAGCUGAAGUUGAUCUCACCUGGAUUCUCCAGGCAAGCCCUUGCAAAAAUGCUGGAACAUCGCACACUGUGUGCAGGAAGAGUAAGUGACAUCAGCAAUACUAUUUAUUAUGCUCACCAAUAUUGUCAGCUUGUCAGGGGGGGCCUGCCCUCGGGGUCUGACCGGGCCAAGUCUCGGGCAGGAAGGGCCCCCCCUUCCUGCCCUCGGGGUCCGACCGGGCCAAGUUUCGGUGCGGAGGUCCCAGUUAGGCCCUAGAAUAAGGUAUUAAAAUUUCAGGGCGGUAGGACCUUCCUAUCUCAAAAACUGUUUUUCCACCACAUUCUGAACCAUUAGGCCUUGCAGGCUACACUUCUGAGGGGCUUUGUCCAAAUGACA